UCAAGAGCUUAAAAUAGGAUAUAGAUAGAUGUGUUUAGUAUUUAUUUUUUUUUUUAAGAAGCUGAGGAAGUGAGUUCUGUCUGACACAGAUUCCUCAAGGCUUUCCACUCAAAGUCCGUGCAUGUUCAGUCAGCAAGUGAAAAGUUGGGGAGGGAGGAGGGGAGGAGAGAUGGUCUUGUAGCCGAAGGGCUGGAUUUCAGCUGGAAAAAUGAGACCCUCUGCUUUUCCUUAACAGCAGCUCUACCAAGAUGGUGAACCUUUUCCUGUGGUCACACCCAUUAAGUGCUUACAUCCACCCUGCUCUUUCUCUCCCCUGUGUUACCUGCAGGUGAGAGAUAGGAUGGUAGCUGGGGAGGCGAGUAUGCGCAGCCCAAUCCUGGCCUGCUGGCAGCCAAUCCUCCUGCUGAUGUUGGGAUCCAUCCUGUCCGGCUCCGCCACGGGCUGCCCGCCGCGCUGCGAGUGCUCUGCCCAGGAGCGCGCCGUCCUGUGCCACCGCAAGCGGUUCAUGGUCGUGCCAGAGGGGAUCCCAACCGAGACCAAGCUGCUGGACUUGGGCAAGAACCGCAUCAAGACGCUCAACCAGGAUGAAUUUGCCAACUAUCCUCACCUGGAGGAGCUGGAGCUAAAUGAGAACAUUAUCAGUGCCAUUGAACCUGGGGCUUUCAACAACCUCUUCAACCUCAGGACGCUGGGGCUCAGGAGUAACAGGCUCAAGCUGAUCCCCUUGGGGGUGUUUACUGGACUCAGCAACCUUACCAAGCUAGACAUUAGUGAGAACAAAAUUGUGAUCCUCCUAGAUUACAUGUUCCAGGACUUGUACAACCUCAAGUCUUUGGAGGUGGGGGACAACGACCUUGUCUACAUCUCCCACCGAGCCUUCAGCGGUCUCAACAGCCUGGAGCAGCUGACCCUGGAGAAAUGCAACCUGACCUCCAUCCCCACAGAGGCCCUGUCUCACCUUCACGGCUUGAUCGUGCUGCGGCUGCGCCAUCUGAACAUUAACACCAUCCGGGAUUACUCAUUCAAAAGGCUGUACCGGCUCAAGGUCCUCGAGAUCUCACACUGGCCCUACCUGGAUACUAUGACUUCAAACUGCCUCUACGGGUUAAACCUGACCUCCUUGUCCAUCACCCACUGCAACCUGACGUCCAUCCCGUACGUGUCGGUGAGGCACUUGGUUUACCUCCGGUUCCUGAACCUGUCCUACAACCCUAUUGUCACCAUCGAGGGCUCCAUGCUUCAUGACCUGCUCAGGCUGCAGGAGAUCCAGCUGGUGGGAGGGCAGCUCACCACGGUUGAGCCCUUCGCCUUCCGUGGCCUCAAUUACCUGCGCAUCCUGAACGUGUCAGGGAAUUUGCUGACCACCCUGGAGGAGUCAGCCUUCCACUCGGUGGGCAACCUGGAGACGCUCAUCCUCGACAACAACCCCUUGGCCUGUGACUGUCGGCUGCUCUGGGUUUUCCGGCGGCGAUGGAGGUUGAACUUCAACAAGCAGCAGCCCACCUGCUCCACCCCCGAGUUUGUCCAGGGCAAGGAAUUCAAAGACUUCCCCGACGUCCUCCUGCCCAACUACUUCACCUGCCGCCGAGCACGGAUACGGGACCGCAAACCUCAGCAGAUCUUCGUGGACGAAGGCCACACGGUCCAUUUUGUCUGCCGGGCAGAUGGGGACCCGCCCCCCACCAUCAUGUGGCUGUCUCCCAGGAAGCACCUCAUCUCUACCAAAACCAACGGGCGGCUCACAGUCUUCCCUGACGGCACGCUGGAGGUGCGCUACGCCCAGAUUCAGGACAAUGGCACCUACCUAUGCAUCGCCAGCAACGCGGGUGGCAACGACACCAUGCUGGCCCACCUGCACGUGCGCAGUUACUCCCCAGACUGGCCCCACCAGCCCAACAAGACCUUCGCCUUCAUCUCCAACCAGCCCAACGAGAGCGAUGCCAACAGCACGCGCGCCACCGUGCCUUUCCCCUUUGACAUCAAGACUCUCAUCAUCGCCACCACCAUGGGCUUCAUUUCCUUCCUGGGCGUCGUGCUCUUCUGUCUGGUGCUCCUGUUCCUGUGGAGCCGGGGGAAAGGCAACACCAAGCACAACAUUGAGAUCGAGUACGUGCCGCGCAAGUCGGACGCGGGGAUCAGCUCCGCCGACGCGCCGCGCAAGUUCAACAUGAAAAUGAUCUAAGCAGGCAACAGUUUGCAAAUAAUAAUGGUGUUGGUUUUUUUUUUUUAAAGAACAAAUGAACAAAUUAAAAAAAAAUAAUUAGAAAACAAACAUUGCUACAAACAUACCGACCUCUCUCUCUCUCUCCUUCACCAUGUCCUCCGUCCCUCUCCAAACCCACUGCACCCGCACUGUCACCACCUCUCUCUUCCCUCCUCCCCCUUCUUCUUUAUACCAGGAAAACAUUCAGCUGGUGUUUUCAGGACUCCUGUGUUUGUAAGGACUUUGUCUGAUUGACUCUGGUGUCAGAUCUAACCCUGAGAGGGAAAUACAACAAAGGGGGGGAAAAAAGGAAAGAAAAAAGAAAUAAAAUCAAUAAAAAGUUACGAACUUU